CCUGAUUGUAGGGCAGAGCCAGCGGCGCGGGCGAAGCGGCAGGCGGUCUGAGGAAGGUGCCUUGGGCAGCGCCUUGCCGCAAGCAGCCAAGUUGAACCCCUCGUCCGCGCAGCGACUGGAUACCAACCCCACCAUAUCCUCACGGAGGCCGCGACGAGGCACAGGACGACCGCUUUUCUGCAUCGCCAUUCUGUCAAUCGCUUUCCUAUUGCUUGCAGCUUCCCGGUGAAGACUCUGCGCUUUCCUCGACUGUCCCACCGCCCGCCCGGUGCCAGAGCCGCCGCCCCGCUUUGUGUUGAAGCAGCUCCUGUCAGUCAUCACAUUGGCCGCGCGCCUAGCCUUAUAUCAUAUCUUCCGCUUGCCGCCCGCACUUCCUCUCCACACUGUCCGACUUCUGCGCACUUUGAUCGUCACUUCUCCCUUCAAAGAUAGAAAGAGCCCGCCUUGGUUGCCCUUCGCUCCUACCCCGCCGCAGCUGCCACCAUGGGCGACCUCGCCAACCGCAAAGUGUUCAAGGUGUUCAACCAGGAGUUCAUCGUCGACGAGCGCUACAAUGUGACCAAGGAGCUGGGACAGGGUGCCUAUGGCAUCGUCUGUGCGGCUACCAACAACCAGACGGGCGAGGGCGUGGCCAUCAAGAAGGUCACCAACGUCUUCAGCAAGAAGAUCCUUGCCAAGCGUGCCCUGCGCGAGAUCAAGCUGCUCCAGCACUUCAGAGGCCACCGUAACAUAACAUGUCUAUACGACAUGGACAUUCCCCGCCCAGACAACUUCAACGAAUGCUACCUAUACGAGGAGCUCAUGGAGUGCGAUCUGGCAGCCAUUAUCCGGUCCGGCCAACCGCUCACCGAUGCCCAUUUCCAGUCCUUCAUCUACCAGAUCCUGUGUGGUCUCAAGUACAUCCACUCGGCCAAUGUCCUGCAUCGUGAUCUCAAGCCCGGUAAUCUCCUUGUCAACGCCGACUGCGAGCUCAAGAUUUGCGACUUUGGUCUUGCAAGGGGUUUCUCCAUGGACCCUGAGGAGAACGCAGGAUACAUGACUGAAUAUGUCGCUACCCGGUGGUACAGAGCCCCUGAGAUCAUGCUGAGCUUCCAGAGCUACACAAAAGCUAUCGAUGUGUGGUCCGUAGGCUGCAUUCUUGCUGAGUUGCUUGGCGGUAAGCCCUUCUUCAAGGGCCGCGACUACGUCGAUCAGCUGAACCAGAUUCUGCACUACCUUGGAACACCAAACGAGGAGACACUCUCGCGCAUCGGCUCGCCUCGUGCGCAGGAUUACGUUCGCAAUCUACCGUACAUGCAGAAGAUCUCUUUCCAGUCUCUGUUCAGGAACGCCAACCCAGACGCGCUUGAUCUGCUCGACCGCAUGCUCGCCUUUGAUCCCUCGAGUCGUAUCUCAGUCGAGGAAGCCUUGGAACAUAGGUACCUACAAAUCUGGCACGAUGCUUCCGAUGAGCCUUCAUGCCCGACAACAUUCGACUUCCAGUUCGAGGUGGUUGAAGAGAUUCCGGAGAUGAAGAAGAUGAUUCUGGAUGAAGUCAGCCGCUUCCGUCAGAUGGUCCGCGUACAACCCGGUGCAGGCGCUGGGGGAAACCAGGCGCCGCAAGUCCCGAUACCCAACAACUACGACCGUGCUGGCUACGAAGACCCAAGGCCGCAAGAAGCGUUCAACCAGGGUGGAUGGAACGGCAGCGAUUUGGAACGUGAUCUUCAGGGUCUUGACGGCCGCAUGCGAUAAGUGGAUUUGGAUGAAUCUGUUGGGUACAGCAUGUCUUCUCGUUAGUCUGAGCGUGAGCGUGGAAGGAAUUUGGGUAAUAUUUGAGCCCCAUGUAAUUUCUCUCAAAAUCUAUUGAAUGAUAACU